GCUACACUUGUAAUAGGUUCUUCCGAAGCAGUAAAAGAUAAAUAAUAAAAAGACAUGGCAGCUCAACGUCCGCUGGUGAUGUUGGCAGCGAUGAUGGCCAUGGCGUACAUGGCGGCGGCAGAUGGCCAUGGCAGUGGAGGAGGUGGAGGUGGAGGUGGAUAUGGUGGUAGCGGUGGAGGAGGUGGUGGAGGCGGGGGCCAUGGAGGCGGUGGAUUCGGAGGUGGUGGAUUUGGCGGAGGCAGCGGCGGCGGCAGCGGUGGAUAUAGCGGAGGAAGUGGAGGCGGAGGCGGUGGAUUUGGCGGUAGUGGAGGUGGAGGCCAUGGGGGCGGUGGAUUUGGUGGCAGCAGCGGCGGUGGUGGCGGUGGAUACGGUGGAGGCAGUGGAGGCGGAGGCGGUGGCAGUGUAGUUGCCGGUAUUCUGGUUGGCAGUGGAACUCUCUCGGGUGGAGGCGGUGGUGGUGGCGGCGGCGGCUACGGAGGUGGAAGCGGAGGCGGUUUUGGUGGAGGAAGCGGAGGUGGAUUUGGUGGGGGAAGUGGAGGUGGUUUUGGAGGACACGGAGGCGGCAGUGGAGGUGGCUUUGGAGGACACGGAGGCGGCAGCGGAGGUGGCAGCGGUUCAGGCGGAUACGGAGGGUAAAAGGAGCUAACUGUUAAUUGGAAAUCAAUAAAUAUAUUUACAUUA